AUGCUUUCAUCUCUCCUCCUACUGCUCCUUGCGGGUCGGAGCAUUGCACAACAAGCUGCCUUGUCUGCCGUGACAGUGGCCGCCGAUGGAACUGGCCAAUACACUGCCAUUAAUGCUGCUAUUCUGUAUGCUCAGAGUCAAGGAAUUCCUACUGUGACGGUCAAGGCUGGGACAUACACCGAGGGCGUUGUGAUUCAAGCCACCGCGGCAGUCACCAUCGUGGGAGAAACAACCGAUGCCGACGCCUACUCCUCGAACCUCGUAACCAUUUCAAACACCGCAGCCCCGGUAACCUAUAACGUUGCGACUCGAGGACUUACCUGGAAGAACAUCAACUUUUACAACACGAAUGCUGCCUCCGCUGCAGGUUUCAUGUACCUCCGCGGAUCCCAGAAUGCAUUCUACUCCUGCCAAUUCGUCGCCGCGGGGUCUGUUGGCUUCAGCACGAACUACGCGUCAGCACUCAUUGCGAACUCUUACAUUGAGGCUGCGGACAAGCUCAUCUACUCUUAUCCUUCACUCUACAUCUACGGCUCGACAAUCGCAGCUACAGCCAAAAGUGCUCUGAUCACAUACAACAAGGGUGCAAUCUCGGGAGGAAUCCAAUACAAUUCGACCAUCGUGUUCGACUCGUGCUCGGUAAUCCAGAAGCCAGGAACAACAAACAACUACGUCUAUCUGGCAUCUGCCAACGGUGUGGGAUCCGUUGUGCUCUAUCGCAACACCGCCAUGGCUAGCUGCAUUGCUCCAUCCGGUGUCCACGUCGACACAAGCACUCAGAAUACUGCAAACACCUACUACGAGUAUUUGUCCACGGGUGCUGGAAGCUACCAGAACAACCAGGCUUCCCGUACUCCAUAUGCAGCCAACUACUUCUCUGUCACGGAUCCGGCCCAGCUUGCGCCUUUUGGUCUCGCCAACUUCUUCGCCAACGCAUAUCCCUCGGUGGCAACUACUAGCCUCUCGUGGAUUGACUCAAAGGUCUUGAGCGCCAUGCAGGCUAGCGACGCGGCACAAGAAAGCCAAGGCAUCGGAUGCAAGCUCUGUCCAGAGUUCAAGUGCUGCUUCAGCAACAACAAUGAUGACUUUGACCUCAUCGGGGUCCUCUGCUGGUUCUGCCACCACCCUAUCGUCCUCAAGCGUCGUGUCAUCCAGCGCUUCUGCAAGCGCCACGGGUUGCAUUUUGCCAUCUUCAUUGCCGAUUUGCCUCUUGACUCUACUGUUCAGACCAUCUACAUCCUGGCCGGCGUAUACAGCGAGCAGGUGGUGUUUCCCAACGCCAGAACCGGUGCAACGACCUUCCGCGGAGAGGCUGCCAACCCUCUAUCUCGAUCGGGAAACACCGUUACCAUUAAAACUAAUGGCGGUGUUUUGUCGAGCGCGGGAGCUGGUGCGGGCACUGGAGCUUUCCAGUCCACGCAGUAUUACACAAACCAGCUCACCUUUUACAACAUCAACUUCGAGAACAGUUACACGCCGACGACCAAUUAUCAGGCGGUUGCUGUUUCGAUCAAGCCAAAGAAGGCGGGCUUUUAUUCCUGCAAUAUCAAGUCAUCCCAAGGUACCUUGCUCCUCAACUACGGAGCCUUCUACUUCUCCAACUGCCACAUCGAGGGCACAACAGAUUUUGUGUGGGGCCAAGGAGCUGCUUACAUUUACAAUUCUGAGAUUGUUGAGACGAGUACCAGUACUGGACUAACUAUUGCGGCUCAAAGUUACCAGACGUCCGUGGGGGGCUCAAUCAUUGUGUUUGAUCACUGCGCUGUAGUCCCUGGCAGCUCGUCUGUGCCGACAGGUUCCACCUACCUUGGCAGAGACUACUCGACUUCGCCGCACGUGGCUUACACCAACUCGUACCUUGACAACCACAUCAUCCCCGCUGGGUGGAAGGUCUCGUCGUCUAGCGCGUCGCCCGUCUUUGUAGAAUCAAACAACACCGGUCCCGGAUCAUCCACGACAUCUCGAAUUUCUAGCGCUCAGAUUCUGUCAGACGCCUCGGCUUACUCCGCUGCCAAUGUUCUUGGAGAUGUCAGCUGGCUCGAUAAUAAUGCCAUUGCCCCUUUCUCCGGUUUCCCAGAUUCAGUGUAUCUAAACACCGCCACGACAGCCUCGAGCUCAUCCAUGAUUGCUACCACCAUUUCGGCUUCGUCGGUGGCUUCCACUGCUACAAACUCGGUAUCCGCAGGCUAUACUGUUGCGCCUACACCAACAGCUGGUCAAUACGGUUCUGUCAUGUCUGCUGUGGCUGCCCUUCCCAAUGAUGGGCAAGCAUACUCAAUCUAUAUCCUCGCUGGAACAUAUACUGAGCAAGUCUGGGUCAACCGCACCGGCAAGGUGACACUGCGGGGAGAGACUCAAAGUCCCAAUGACUAUUCCCAAAACGUGGUGAAGAUACAGUUCAGCUAUGGAGUUUCCACGAGCGCCAACCAAAAUGAGCUGACCCCAGUCAUCAACUCCAAGAAAACGGAUGGAUCUGGUCUAGCGCUUUACAAUAUCGACUUCGUCAACAUCUACCCUCAAACAUCAAACACGGCGGCUCUAGCAGCUGACUUUUACGGCAACAACAUGGCUGCCUAUGGAUGCUCAUUCAUCGGUUUCCAGGACACUCUACUAGCCAACCAAGGUGUUCAAGUGUUCAGCAAUUGCUACAUUGAGGGUAGCGUGGACUUCAUCUGGGGCUACUCCAAGGCCUAUUUCCAUCAAUGUAAAAUUGCUUCAAACACUGCUGGUGCCUACAUCACAGCUCAAAAUCGACCCAGCGCCAGCUCUGCAGGUGGUUACAUUUUCGACUCGUGCUACGUCACAUACACCAGUUCCUACGGUUCAUCUACUGGAACAACGUACCUCGGGCGUCCGUGGUCUCAGUAUGCCAUUGUGGUGUACAUGAACUCGUAUCUAGACAAACACAUUGCAUCUGCAGGCUGGAAUGUAUGGUCCACCAGCGAUCCUCGAACUGCGAAUGUCAUGUUUGGCGAAUACAACAACACCGGUCCAGGAAAUUGGAGCACUUCUCGUGUCUCAUACGCGACGAAUCUCACCUCGUCACAGGCAUCUGCGUACACGCUAACCUCCUUCAUCGGUGCUACCGACUGGAUCGACAUGACGGCUUACAACUAUGCGCCGAGCUUCACCCUAGGCGUCACCCCAACUCAAUCAACUAGCCCAACCGCGUCUUCUUCCGCAGCGGCUAUUUGGGCGCAUCCCACCAGUGGCACUGUUCCUCCCACUGGCGCUGUGCUUGUCUCGUCUGGCGGGUCGGUCAAUGGAUCCUACAGCAACCUGACUUCUGCCUUGGCCAGUCUCCCGAGCGACUCCAGCACCCAAAUCAUCUUCAUGUAUGCUGGAACGUAUGAGGAGCAGGUACAGAGCGUCUCUAGAGCGGGUCCAGUCAUGAUCAUCGGUUACACCGAAGGCAAUCCGGGUCAGUCAUACGCAAGCAACACGGUCACAAUCACCAACGCACGUGGUCUGUCCGUUAGCCCCCUGCCGGUCGGUCACAGCGAUGCCGAGACUGCUACAUUCUCUACCGGCAGCACCAAGAUCAGCAUGUACAACGUCAAUAUAAUCAACAGUGAUAACUUGGACGGUCUCACACCCAGCUAUGUCACUCUCGCUGGAAGCAUCUAUGGCAAUCAUAUUGGCUUCUACGGUUGCUCAUUCAUCGGCUGGCAAGAUACCCUGCUUACUGGCGCCACCAAUGGCUACCAAUACUACGAAUCCUCAUACAUAGAGGGUGCUAUUGAUUUCAUCUGGGGUUACUCAAAGGCCUACUUCAAGGGAUGCACGAUUGGUGCCAAGCGGCAAAAGUCGGCCAUCACCGCCCAGAGUCGUGCGCCAUCCUCGGCGAUUGGUGGCUACAUUUUCGACCAGUGUCUCUUCAAGGCAGCAGACAGUGCGACGGUGGACUUGACUCAGAGUGUGUUCCUCGGAAGACCAUACUCUAGUUACGCUACCGUCAUCGUGAAGAACAGCUACCUGACUGACAUCAUCAACCCAUCUGGAUGGAAGACCUGGGGAGCCACCAACCCACAAACGGACCACAUUACGUUUGCCGAGUACAACAACGUUGGACCCGGUAACUGGGAGAACAAUGCUGCAGCCAGAAUAGCCUGGCAAAACUGCACGUUGCUGACCACCGACUCGUACCCUCUCGCGACAGUCAUGGACAGCACGGACUGGAUCGACAUGACAUACUGGGACACAAUAUCUACUCCCCAGCCGGCUACCAUAGUCACUCCUGAACCCGGAAACACUACGUAUGACGGAACUAUACCACCAGCAGGAGCUUACAUCGUGUCCAAGACCGCCAUUGAAGGCAAGACAACUUAUGAUACUAUACAAAAAGCUCUGGACGUUUUGCCCACAUCCAGCAAGGUCACCGCGACUGUCUUCAUCUACCCUGGUGUCUACGAGGAACAACUCGUGUUGAACAAGUCUGGCACGACCAUAUUCAUGGGCUACACUGCUGCUACUGAAGACUACACUCAAAACCAGGUUACCAUUACCUAUGCUCAUGGCAUAGACACACAGGCAGACGCAUCCAACUCGGACUCGGCUACUGUUUAUGCCACUGGGAAUUACUUUCAGGCCAUCAACAUCAAUUUUGCUAAUACCUAUGGCACUGCGAAGAACUUUGCUACACUUGGUUUCGGUGUUAAAAGCAGCAAGUACGCCUCGCUAUACGGAUGCCAGGUAUAUGGCAACCAGGAUGCCCUCCUCAUCAAUGGCUUCUUCUUUGCCUCGAAUUCCCUGAUCCAAGGCAGCAUCGACAUGAUCUGGGGAAGCGGAGCGGGCUACUUCCUAAACACCACCAUAUCACCAAACACAGACGACGUCUCACUGACAGCAAGCAAACGGCUCACAAACACCACUGCGGCCGGCUUCGUGUUCGAUCAGUGCACGGUGACUCCCGUCAGCGGCAGUUCUUACUCCGAAAUCUCUCUUGGCCGACCCUGGAAUAACUUCGCCCGCGUUGCUUUCAUCGAGAGCUACCUUGGCUCUUGUGUUGAAGCCGCAGGAUGGGAGGCAUGGUCAAAGACCGCUCCUCAAACUGAUGGCGUUCUCUUUGGUGAGCUGGCCAAUUACGGUCCUGGUGCAUCGACGUCUGGUCGCGCCUCAUUUGCCACCCAGCUCACUGCUGGUUCUGCAGCGCAGUUUGAGCUGGCCAGCUUCUUUGCGUCAACUUCCUGGAUCAACAUGACAUUGGUGCAUGGAACUCCGUUCUCUGCUGGGACCGUCAUCGUUCCUACGCAAUUACCGAGUUCAGUUUCGUCGACAUCGAUGGCAAGCUCCACCUCCUCGCUGCUUUCAUCCUCUACGCUGCUUCCCAUCUCAACCAUUACAGUGACAACCACGAAGUUUUCGACAGUCAAAGCGACAUUCUCUACGACCACUACGAUUCCCGGCGCAACUCUCACCAAGUUACACACUACCACUGUAGAUGUAGAAACUACAAUCACUCCCGCACCGGUGACGAAGAAUAUUGUAGAGAAGACAUCAACGAUUCAAACCUACACAGUAACCGAACCAGAUGAGACCAUUACCCAGACAUCUACUUCGUAUGUGAACAUUGCCUCUACCGUAACACCAGACCCAACCGUCAAGAUCUCGACCGUCACGCAGGGAUCAUUGGUAUACAGUGUAAAGACGACUACAGGAAAGGCGUCAACCGUGGCGAGCACUUCUACAACUACGGCGCUGACGACAGUAACACCCGAUCCGAAGACAAUUACCAUCUCGCAAGGAUCCACUAUCACGAGCUUGUACACCACUACGGCAAAGGCCGUCAAAGCUACGAGCACGACUACGAAGACUGUUGGAAGUGACGCAGAGACUACGGUCGAGGCAAAGGCUACAACUGUCUAUUCGACGGCGUACACGACUGCUACGACGACGAAGAAGAGCACGUCGACUUUGACUUGUAUACCAACUGCCAACAAGAUCCGUCGUGAUCUUGAGCAGCUCGCUGGUCGUGCCGCAUCUGCCCCGACCGUGACUGUAACCAUCACUUCUCCCCUCACCUCAAUUGUCAAGACGUCCAUAAUAACUAUUCCGGGUACUACCUACACCUCCGAUGUAUACACGACUAUUACCUCCAGCGACACCGUAUCCCUCAAGGCCUCAACUGUAACCAGCACAAGCUACUCAACGAGCACCAAACUCACAACUACGACGCUCCAGGGCUCGACAGCCACAGCCUUUGUCAUCAAGACAAGCGCAACCGGCAAGGUUACAACCCUGGCGAGAUCUACAUCGACUGUCCUCCAGACCGUGAUGACGACCUCAACAUCCGUGUCCACGUCCACAGUGCCAGGCCCAACGACGACGAGCGUCAAGUUUGUCUCCAUCAAGAGCACCACGACCCUACCCACACAGACUAUUACAAAGACGUCUAGCAAAGAUGUAACAGUGAAGAGUACAACGACGCUACCUGCGAGCACGUCCGUUGUGUGGAAGACGGUUACGCAGUCGCUAAAGCCUACGGCUACGGUGACUAGCCAGGCGACGGUGUAUAAGACUAGUCUGGUUAAGCAGACGCAGACUGUGACGAGCUGGGCGACGACGACGAAGAAGAAUGCUCCUACUUGUGCAUAA